AUGCUGGUUGUGGCUGGGUAUACUAUCACAUCAGGUAUUGGAUUCGUUAGUGUUCAUUAUGGAGUUGGGGUGCACGCCAAUAAACUGAGUUUUGAUGAUUUAAUCGCCGGUUUAAAGUACCAAGUUAUCCUUGAACUCAGCUACAUUCUUGUUGCGGCCAUAUUAAAAACGAGCGUCGGACUCCUCUUACUUCGCAUCACCUCUGUCAAACCAUUCUACAAAUACCUUGUCUGGGCCAGUCUUAUUAUAAUCUGGUUGUGGUCCAUCAUAACGUUCAUCGUAGGAUGUUUACAGUGCAGACCAUUAGAAGCGACAUGGAACCCAUUGGUCACAGGAACAUGUAUCGACCCUCGCAUCAUGACGAGUUUCGCAUAUGCUAUUUCGGCCGAGACAAUUUUCUUUGAUUGGCUUUUUGCGCUCUUGCCAAUACCGAUGUUGUGGAAUCUCAAAAUGUCUUUUCGGUUGAAAGUCUCAAUUGUGGGUAUCCUAGGUUUGGGAAUAAUUGCAAGUUCGGCUACAAUUGUUCGUUUCAAGUUUCUGAUAGCUUUUUCGAAUCACACAGAUACGUUAUCUCCAGUUCUCCUUUGGUCCACGAUCGAGCUCGCCCUAGGCAUAACUGCCGCAUCAAUCGCGACUCUUCGUCCCCUCCUCCGCCGCUGGCGCAUUUGCGGUUUCACCAGCGAUCCCAGUUUAAGUUUUGGAUCUCCUGGGGGCCCACGAUCGGGGAGAGAAUAUAAGAAAAGUCCCUUUAACCCGAGUGAUCCGGAUGCGAGCCAUAUUUCGAAUGGUCUGCAUGAUCCGCCGGACCAAACACGGUUUUCGAAUUUACAGAAGAUACCGACUUUGAGUGGGAGGAGUGAGGAGGGAAUUUUGGGGGGAGGCGAUGAAAUUCAUGGUGGGAAUGGAAGUGCAAAUGGGGCGGGGAAUGAAAGUAUAGGGGAAUGGGGCAAUGAAGAGUAUGAAUUGGUUUCCAGGCCGGAUGGGAAAAUCAUGACGAGGACGGAAAUUCAAAUAGAGUUUGAUGAGAGGAAUAGUUACACGGGCAAGGAUAUGGUAUGA